GGUUGUUGUGAAGCCGCUUCUGCGCGGAGCUGCUGGUUGCGCAGAGAGUCGAGGCACAGCGAGGAGGAAAAGCAAGCGAAAGCGAAAAAACACUUCUUAUGUAUCCGCCGAUCGCUGCAGUUUUAACCGAAUCGGAAGCACUGACGUUGAAGAUGAAAAGCGGGUUGCUGUCGUUUUUAUGUUUUUCGUUUCCACAUUAAAAAAAUUUCGCAAUUCUGGCACUCGUGUUGCUGGGCGUGAGAUGAUGUGAGCUGGACAGAGAGGGUGGCAGGCAUGGCUGAAGACGGGGAGCUGGUUCAAGCCAGCAGGACGUCUCCGUCUCAGGGGCAGUGUAGCCGCAAGACCUACCACAGCAGUGCCCAUUCCAAGAACCUGCUGGAGGGGCUGGUGGCACUUCGUCAGGGGGCCGUGCUGUUCGACGUGGUCCUGCUGGUGGAGGGCACGCCUCUCCAAGCGCACCGCAUCCUCUUGGCCGCGUCCUGCGACUACUUCAGGGGAAUGUUUGCUGGCGGGCUGCGUGAGAUGCGUGAGAAGGAGAUACAGGUCCAUGGAGUGUCCUGCACAGCUAUGUCCAAGCUCCUCGAUUUCAUCUACACCUCUGAGCUUGAGCUGGACGUGGACAAUGUGCAGGAAGUCCUGUCAGCUGCUUGUCUUCUACAGAUGCAAGACGUGAUUGGCUUCUGCUGUGAUUUCCUCUUCUCCUGGUUGGACAAAGACAACAUCUUGGAGGUAUACAAGCUGGCAGACCUCUUUGGCCUGAGCCAACUGAGUGCCAAGGUGGACGCCUACAUCUUAAAGAACAUCCAGACCUUCUCCAGGACCGCGGCCUAUCGCCAGCUGCCACAGGAAAAAGUGUUCAGCAUUCUGUCAAGCAAUGAUCUGGAGGUCAACUCUGAGAACGAAGUGUACGAGGCUGCACUGCACUACCAUUACACUCCUGAGCAAGUGGAAACGGAUCAGGUGUGCCUGCAGGACCCCCUGAAGAUGAUGGAGGCGGUGCGCUUCUGCCUGAUGGAGCGGCAGAUCCUGCAGCGGCUUCACGACCGGCUGAAGCGCUGCCCCCUGCGGGACACCCUGGCCGCCGCCCUGCAGUACCACAAGCAGGAGGUGUGGCAGCCUGUGAUGCAGAGCUCCCUGACGCAGCUGCGCUCCCACUUCAGGUGCAUCGUGGGCUUCGGGGGCAUGCGCUCCUCGCACUCGGAGACACUCAGCAACGAGGUCAAGUUCCUGAACCCCGUCGCGGGGGAGUGGAGGGACCUGACCACCACCAAGUCCGCGCGCAUGUCCAACCAGGGCAUCGCCGUCCUCAACAACUUCGUCUAUCUCAUCGGAGGGGAUAACAACACCGGGGGCUUCCGCGCCGAGACCCGGUGCUGGAGGUACGACCCCUGCCAUGACAGCUGGGUGAGUAUCCAGCCCCUGCAGCAGCAGCACGCUGACCAUUGCGUGUGCGUGGUGGGCGCGUACCUGUACGCCAUCGGGGGGAGGGACUACAGAGACGAGCUCAAAGCCGUGGAGCGCUACGACCCACACAGCAACACCUGGGAGUACGUCGCCCCCCUGAGACAUGAGGUUUAUGCCCAUGCUGGAGCAGUGCUGGAUGGGAAGAUGUACAUCGGCUGCGGGCGAAGGGGACCUGCCUACCUGAAGGAGACCUGGUGCUAUGACCCUGGGGCCAACCAGUGGGAGAGCCGGGCAGACGGCCCCUUGGGACGCGCUUGGCACGGCAUGGCGGCGGCGAACAGCAGGGUGUACGUCAUCGGGGGCAGCAACGACGACAGGGGCUACCGCCGCGACGUCUUGAAGGUGGCUUGUUACAACCCUGAGACUGACAACUGGUCAACAGUGAGUCCUCUGCCCUCUGGCCACGGAGAGCCUGGCGUUGUGGUGCUGGACAGCCGGAUAUAUGUUGUGGGCGGCCGCUCACAUAACAAGAACAGCCGCAUGGAUUAUGUCCACGUGUAUGACCCCAAGACCGACCGCUGGGAGGCCGGGCCCCCCUUUGAGGACCGAAUCUCCGGCUUGGCGACCUGCGUCCUCCUGCUGCCCCGCUCCGUCGUCACGGAGACGGACAGCUGCCCCUCAGAGCAUCGCGGGAUGAAAAACAUCUGGGAGGACGUCCUGAGUCUGGAGGACUUUGAGGUUUCGGACAACUCCAGCGAGGACUGAGUCAAACCGUGCUUUCUUUUCGAAAGCCACUCGGAGAUGAAAGGGGUUUCCAGGGUUGAUCGAAGCACUUUGGCGUUCUUUCUCGCAUGACACGGUGAAAAUCUUUUUGGUUGCAUUUAUGAGCCACCUAUCAGCUUCAUCAAUAUUGCGCCGACAUAACAAAAAAUAGCCAGCUGAAAAUGAAUGUAAUAAACCAAGAGCCAAGCUUUC